GCCUUUUCCCCUCCCAUUUUUUUUCAUUUCCUUUCAGGUUUGUAGAGCCCUUAAUUUCACAACACUAUUUCAAAACAGUGAGCAAACCUUAAUCUGAGAGAGAGAAGAUAGAGGGUUUGAAGAGAGACUGGGGUUGAAGGGGAAGGGUUUCAGUCAGCGGCGAGACUGGUUUAGCAGCGGCGAGACUAGUUCGGCGGCGAAAUGUCAGUUACCAGCAAUUCUCUGGGUAUGUGACCGUUGAUGCCAAGAAACAGAAAGCUCUGGUUCUUGAAACAGACUCAAAUUCGGCUUCCAAGCCUCUUGUUAUCUGGUUAAAUGGAGAGUUUGGCUCUCUAUAGGCAAAAGUUAGAUGAGAUGUUUCAGUGAUGAUGAUAUCAGUCAGAGUCUUACCUUUUGUUGCACUUCCAAUCUGCAUAUGUAUCUGUGUCAUGUUCAAGGUCCCUACCAGAACUGUCCCCUUUUGAAGGAAACUUCAAUUAGGGGUCUCUCAUUAUCUACUCCAAAGCUAAAUUCAGUUUCUGAGAAUGCAAUAUGCUGUUUGUGGGACAGAGAACUUAUAAUUGUGAAUGGUGAUCAAGACAUGUUCGUUGUCUCAGUUUUGCUCCAAACGAAGAUAUAUCGGUAUACCUUCCCUCUGUAUGUUUACAAGACCACCUUCUCAGGGAAGCUGAGCCUUCAUGAGGAUGAUGAAAAGAUUUAUGGGGUGCCUUCCUUUAUUUUCUGGACAUUCACUCUCAUGGCUCUCUUCAAAUACAUCUUCAUUGUGAUAUCAGCCAAUGACAACGGUGAAGCUUGUUACAAUGGAGGUUAUUCAGUGGAUGACUUCAUGGAAUACAUUCAAGGAUGAAUUUGAGAAUGAAAACAACAUGCUUGGUGGUUCUUUAGGUAACAGAGCAGCUGAAGAUUUGAGACAGAGAGUAAUAGAACAUAACAUCCUUGUUGUCUCAAAGUAUUACUGAAGGAUUACCUUGGCAAGACUUGCUGAGUUGCUUUGUCUCAUUGUUCAGGUGACUUCCAAAAACGAUCAAGCACAAGGCCGAUGCUUCAAAACCAUAUAUAUUCCUUCCUGUUGUAGAAAAAUUUUUGGAUUCCUUCAUUGAUUUUCCUUUUAAUUUUUGUUCAAUUACUUACUGGUUUUCAAUGGAUGGAUGUUUAAAACUUGUCUCAAUUAAUGUUUUGAAUGGAAUGAUUGUAAAGUUUGGGAUUGAGCAGGAAAAUAUGAUGAAUUUUAAUGUUAUAUUUAGGUUGGGUUGAA